AUAAUAGCUCCCCCAUUUUCUUUAGAUUUAAAUUAAUAUCCAUAGUUCUAUGAAUUGGAUCAAAGCUUCAAUUGAAUAGAUCCAGUUUAGACAAAAUAAUAAUUCUAACAAACAUAAUUUCAGUGUACAUACAGUGUAUCAAUAUGGAAAAGAUCAUGUAAAUUCUUUAGUCAGAAAAAUACAUCCCACUUGGAAUGUUUUCAGUGCGAAAGUGCAAGGAUUAAUGGCUGCAAUCACGGAUCUCUUGUUAUUGUUUACAUUUUGAAACAGCCGAAGGCCUCUACUUUAUGGGGUUGUCAUUGACAGUGGACGAGAUGACAAAUUGAUCCGCUUUUGCUGGGCUAACCAAUGCGCAGCUAUAGCUCUCGAAGGGUUUCUGGAAACUUGGAUCUCGAGGAUGUUCAAAUGACUGCAGAAACAUAACGCAUAGUUGCAAAGGUCAAGCCAAGAUCACCAGAGAAAAACACAGGGGUGCACAAUGUUUAGUGCAACUCAGAGUUCCAAGUCUGAGUUCCUGGACAAAGCCAGGCAGGCACGUGAGGAGAGGAAGGGGUACAAAGAGAGGGAGAGAGCAGCCACUCUGAUUCAAGCGCUGGUCAGGAGAUUCCUCUGUCGCUGCAAACUCCAGAAGCAAAUAAGGAAAGAGGUUGAUGACUUCUUUCAAGAUGUCGGAACAACAAAAAGAAAUGCACUAUCAAUUUUUAAAAUUGCUCGGAAGUUGUUAUUCAUUUUUUGUCAAGAGGAUAAGCUGAGGUUUGAGAAGCUUUGUCGCUCCAUUCUUGGUAGCAUGGAGGUUGAAAAUGAGCCCAAAGUUUGGUACGUGUCACUGGCCCUUUCCAAAGACCUCACCAUCCCAUGGAUAAAGCAGAUCAAAGAUGUUCUGUGGGUCUCCUGUAAUUUUCUGAAAAAAUUAAAGCCUGACAUCCUGCAGGACAAUAAGCUGGUGACUUUGUACCUUACCAUGCUGGUGACCUUCACAGAUACGUCAACCUGGAAGAUAGUGAGAGGGAAAGGAGAUGCCCUCAGACCAGCGUUGACCCGGAUCUGUGAGAACAUCAUGGGGCAUCUCAAUCAAAAGGGAUUUUAUUCAAUACUGCAGAUUCUACUCACCAACGGAUUGGCGCGCUCCAGACCCUCUCUUACCAAGGGCACACUCACAGCAGUAUUCACAUUGGCAUUAAGACCUGUCAUUGCUGCUCACUUCUCUGACAACCUGCUGAGGUCUCUUCUCAUCCACAUCAUGUCUGUCCCAGCUGUCGUCUCCCACAUCAACACCAUCACCCCAGAGUGCAUGGCCACCAUACAGACCCACGACCUGCUGAGGAAGUUCACACUGUUCCUGAGCCGCGAGGAGCAGUGUGUCGACAUCUGUGUCUGCCUGGAGGGGAGCCACACACUGUGCUUGCUGGGUAACCUGAUUCACCUGGGCUACCUCAACGAGAAAGUCCUGGAGGAGGAGGCCAACCACUUUGUGAAAGACCUGACGGACAUGCUGUCCUACUGCCAGAGAUACGUGUCCCAGAAGAAAUCCAACCUCACUCACUGGCACCCGGUCUUAGGCUGGUUUUCCCAAACUGUAGACUACGGUCUGAAUGAGUCUAUGCCACUGGUCACCAAGCAGCUGCAGUACCUGUGGGGCAUGCCUGUGAUCCGGACUCUCUUCAGUGACGUGCUCAGCAAAAAGCUUGAGACCCAAGAGCCCACGCCUCCACCACAGCCUACCACGUCGCAGAACAACCUUCCAGUCAAGAGCCUCUUUAAGCGGGCGUUUCAGAAGUCUGCCUCGGUGCGCAACAUCUUGAAGCCGGUCGGAGGGAGACGAGUGGACUCCGCUGAGGUGCAGAAGGUGUGCAGUAUCUGUGUGCUGUACCAGACAGCCCUCACCACGCUCACUCAGAUACGACUGCAAAUCCUCACUGGCCUAACCUACCUGGAUGACCUUCUGCCUAAGCUGUGGGCCUUCAUCUGCGAGCUAGGCCCCCAGGGAGGUCUCAAGCUGUUCAUGGAGUGCCUGAACAACGACACAGAGGAGUCUAAGCAGCUGCUGGCCAUGCUCAUGCUGUUCUGUGACUGCUCCAGACACCUCAUCACGAUCCUGGAUGACAUUGAGGUUUACGAGGAGCAGAUCUCAUUUAAGACAGAAGAGCUUGUCACCAUCUCCUCGUUUCUCAACACAUUUGUGUACAAGAUGGUCUGGGACGGCAUUUUAGAGAAUGCCAAGGGGGAGAAGCUGGACCUGUUCCACAGUGUUCACGGCUGGCUGAUGGUGCUCUAUGAGCGGGACUGCAGGAGGAGGUUCUCCCCUGAUGAUAACUGGCUGCGCAAGGAUCUGAAGCCAAGCCUUUUGUUCCAAGAGCUGGAGAAGGGCAAGAGGAGAGCUCAGCUGUUACUGCAGUACAUACCACACGUCAUUCCCCACAAAAACAGGGUCCUGCUGUUCCGGAACAUUAUUACCAAGGAGAAGGAAACCUUGGGAUUGGUGGAAACAAGCUCCGCGUCUCCGCAUGUCACCCAUAUCACCAUUCGCCGCUCACGGAUGUUAGAGGAUGGUUAUGACCAACUCCGCCGGUUGCCUGUCAACUCCAUCAAAGGCGUGAUCCGUGUGAAGUUUGUCAACGACCUGGGUGUGGACGAGGCCGGAAUCGACCAGGACGGCGUCUUCAAGGAGUUCCUGGAAGAGAUCAUCAAGAAAGUCUUCAACCCAGCACUCAACCUCUUUAAGACCACCAGUGGCAACGAGAGGUUGUACCCUUCCCCUACAUCCUACAUCCACGAGAACCACCUGCAGCUUUUUGAGUUUGUGGGGAAGAUGCUUGGCAAAGCAAUGUAUGAGGGCAUCGUGGUGGACGUGCCCUUCGCCUCCUUCUUCCUCAGCCAGGUCAUGGGUCACCACCACAGCACCUUCUACAGCUCCAUCGACGAGCUGCCCUCCCUGGACUCGGAGUUCUACAAGAACCUCACCUCCAUCAAGCGCUAUGACGGGGAUGUUGGUGAUUUGGGACUGACACUAUCGUAUGACGAGGAUGUUAUGGGACAGCUGGUCUGUCACGAGCUGAUUCCUGGAGGAAAGACGAUGCAAGUCACUAACGAAAACAAGAUCAGCUACAUCCACCUGAUGGCGCACUUCCGCAUGCACACGCAGAUCAAGGAGCAGACGGCAGCUUUUAUCCGAGGAUACCGCAGCAUCAUCAAUCCAGAGUGGCUGCACAUGUUCUCCACCCCCGAGGUCCAGCGCCUCGUCUCCGGGGACAAUGCCGAGAUUGACCUGGAUGACCUCAAGAAACACACAGUUUACUAUGGAGGUUUCCACAGCAGCCAUCGGGUCAUCAUCUGGCUGUGGGACAUCCUGUCCAGUGACUUCUCCUCUGAGGAAAGAGCCAUGUUCCUCAAGUUUGUUACCAGUUGUUCAAGACCCCCCCUCCUAGGUUUUGCCUACCUCAAGCCCCCUUUCUCCAUCCGCUGUGUGGAGGUGUCCGACGAUCAGGACACUGGGGACACCCUAGGCAGCGUCCUCCGUGGUUUCUUCACCAUCCGGAAGAAGGAACCAGGCGGUCGCCUCCCCACCUCGUCCACAUGCUUCAACCUGCUCAAGCUGCCUAACUACAGCAAGAAGAGCAUCCUGCGUGACAAGCUCCGCUACGCCAUCAGUAUGAACACAGGUUUUGAGCUCUCAUAAAAUAAACUCCCCCCUGCUCGUGGCCUGCUGACAGCAAAACUAAUGGGAGAAUGACUGAAGAGCAUCCUCCUUACCCAGGCUAGAGGCGGGAGUCUGUUAAGUCAGUGGAGCUUUACCAAAGCAGAAGGCAAAACACGUAAGACACCCCCCCCCUUUACCUUUAUCGCAGCCUUGGUAACCAGAAGAGCUCCGCCCCCUCUCUUAUCCCAAUCAGUCUGGAUUCUGGAAGAUACCCACCCCAAGGGCUCUCAAGCCCAUUUGCUGCCUCUGUAACCACGGUAACCUAUUUUCUGACCAGUUGUAGUCUUUUGACUACGUAAAAAAAAAUUAUCUUCAAAUAGACAAGUAGCUAAAGAAACAAGUGCUGUGGGAGCAACUCAUUUGGAACAGUUACUUUCUGCUCUCAACUUUAACCCCAUGCUAAUAAUCGUAACAAGGAGAAGAAUGUGUUACCUAACACAUUGCCAAACUAAAAUGGCUCCAUGUCUUACCAUUUCUUCUCAGGCUUAAUAGAACGAUACUUGGAUCUAGCACUCCCACGUCAAAUUAACUGGAAAGCAAUAUAGAUGCAAUGCAAGCCAUUAGACACGUGAUAGACUUCUCACUGGAGCAAAACCAUAGAACAAAGUUUCCUAUCUAUUGGAAUACAAUAUUAUCCAUGCAACUUUCAGCUGUCAUUCGAUGAGUCUUAAUAGCCUUGUUGAACAUGACGAAAGCACCUUUUUAUAAAGAGACGACAAAUCACUGCCUCAUGUUCAACAACAAGUUCUAACCACGGAGAGGUGGUCACCUGUUGACGCCUGUGUCAUAUUUAUAUUGGCUCUCAUGGAUUCAUUAAGGAAUUAAAUCCUGACGAUCUUUCUCUCCCCAUAUACACACACUACAGUCAGUCACCUGACAAAAGCAUUAGACCUUGUAUCUCUGUUCUCUAAUGUAUUGAAAUUAGAACUCAUGUUACACUGCAAUGCAUUUGUAACCCAAAGUGAUGCCUGUCGGUCAUGUCAAUACUUUCACUGAUCAUGCGAUUGUUUGAUACAGACAAAUGAUGUCCCAUUAUCUUAUGUCGUGGUUCCGGAGUCUUUUUUGUUGUUGUUUUUUUGUUUGCUUUUGAUAAUUAAUUAGUGGCUCUUGAAUGUUUUUUAUGAUUUGCUGUGAAAUAUCUGGGUCCUAUAACUACAGCAGACAACUGUUGUUUUUUCCGCAUUGCAUGUCGCUGAUUGUGACCUUCCCAAACAAAUUUGUUACAGUGAAGUCAAUCAUGAACGUUUCUCUAUACACUAGGAUUUCACUGAAUAAUUCUCACUACAGCUCUGAAAAAUGCUGAGUGCCUCAUAUGUCCCCACCUCAUAUGUCUAAGUGUGGCGUUUGAUCGCGUUUGUGACUGACCAUGUCUCUUCGAAAUGGAAUCAAGCCAUAAACACACAGGACAAGGUAUUUAUAAGGACUUGAGCCUGCUUAGAGAUAAUUCAAAUUCAACGCUCCCUCUACCGUGUCCGCCACUGAACCAACCAACCAACCAAACCAGGAAAGUUUGGUGUCAUUUGUCACUGGCUGUGCAUGCCAACCCUGUAAGGAUGCUCCCUUGUCUGAAGACCUUACAGCCACAUGGAAAGGGGUUACGCAGGGAGCAAACCAUACUACAACAUGAUGUCAUGGGUUGGUUGAUCACCUGAAUCUGAAAGCAUUUCUUUUGUAUCCAUCUACCCUCCUUCAGACCCUCUCUUGCACAGAAAACCCUGCCAAAUACCAUGCAAAAUGUUGCAUUAACAGGGUCAAAUAAAAAUAGACUAUGUGGGGCAGUUGUUAGUAACUUGGUGGUGGGAGAUGAGGCAAUUUAGGGUUUUAAAUGGAAAUGAAAGAUAAACAGGCUGAUAAAAAGCAAUAGCCUGUCUGUUGACUCUGUAUUUUAUGCAGCACUUUUUCCUGAGGGGUGUACGUGUGCACUGCGUGGUUGUGGUCAGCCAUUGAUACGGCUCUGGUUGUGGUCAGCCAUUGAUACGGCUCUGGUUGUGGUCAGCCAUUGAUACGGCUUUGGUUGUGGUCAGCCAGAGAUGCGGCUCUGGUUGUGGUCAGCCAGAGAUGCGGCUCUGGUUGUGGUCAGCCAGAGAUGCGGCUCUGGUUGUGGUCAGCCAGAGAUGCGGCUCUGGUUGUGGUCAGCCAGAGAUGCGGCUCUGGUUGUGGUCAGCCAGAGAUGCGGUUGUGAUAAUUUCUAGUUGAAGGCGUAAUGCACCCCAACACCUCAACGCAUUUAUCACUAGCUAACAGAAAACACCUUUCUGAUGAUGUUAUGGGGAUUAUAUGGGCCAUUAAACAAGGUUCUGUAUGGUUUUAUAUUGCUUCGCUAUCUUAUAUUGACCAAUGAACCGCAAUCUGUGAUCUAUUUGUUUGUGUAUAGUAAUAUUAGAGGGAUACAACCUACAUGUACAGGCAUUUCCCCCAGUUAUGAAUGCCAUCAAUUUCAUUGGCAAAUUGAAAUAACUAUUAGAGACUAUAGUAUGGGAAAAUCUUACCUCAAUUUUGUCUGUUGUGACUGCGAUAUAUUUAAUUCCCAAGAUCCUCUGACUGUGGCCUCUCUGACAAGUCAGUGGUCAAUGUCCUCAGUGGUGUCUGACUAAAUGUUACCCAUAAUUUUUUUCAAUCAAUUGUUUCAACAGCCUGAUGCGGAUUAGAAAUGAGGUUUGGAAAUGGAGCUGUAGUGAGACAUGUUCAGUGUCCAAGAGAGAAUGGAAGAUAUCCCACACACUCUGUCUGUUGUGUUUGAUGAGGUCAUUCCUCACUUUUAAAUGAUGUCAUGAGAACUUGCUAUCUUUUUAUUCGAAGAAAAGGAAAUCCAGGAAAUGUGCAACAUACUCCUAUGAAAGUACUGUCCUCCCUCCUUUUUAAGUGUUUUUGAAACUGGUUGCACUAUGUGAAAUACAGGUUGUUGAAAAGGUUAUUUCAAUGUAAAACAUGUCUGUGUAAGAUAUUUCUGCUGUAAAACAUUAACAAUUGUUGAGUCAUGUUAACCAUAUUUAUUCUAAACUUGACUUAACUAAAGUGUGUCUUUCUUCAGGAA